CCACAAACAAGGAAGGCGGAAACCACAGGCAUAAUACAUAAACACUGUACACAUGCACCCAGUUAUUUCCAGGAUACUCAAAGAAUAAUACAAAUUGCCUGACCCAGUACAACACCCGAGCAGUCUGUGUAGUCUACACACUCCGCUGAAUGUGUUCUCCGUUAACUCUUGGUCGACCCGAUUGUUUGGAAGAUGAACGAGGACAACCAGCUGCGGAGUCUGAUGUUCACCAUGACCUACAUGUUGAUGAAGCGCAGAAGAGAUGUCAACAACAUCAACAUUCAGAGACGCAAUGAAAUCCAGAGACGUGUUCGCCACCGUCAGUACUUCUUGCAGCGACAGAAGAGGAUGUUAAUGAUGAUGACGGCGUUGGGAGGCUUCAGCUCCACCGUCGGCCUGCGCACCCGCCCCUGGACCACCACGCGUUCCACCGAUUGGUGGGAGCGCGUGAUGACCCAGAACGAGUUCCAGCCCUCGGAUUGGCUGGACAAGUUCCGCAUGAGCCGCGAGACGUUCUUCCACCUGUGCGACGAGCUGCGCCCGCGGCUCACGCGGCAGGACACCAGCCUGCGGCGGGCGCUGCCCGUGGAGAAGCGGGUGGCGUUGGCGCUGUGGCGGCUGGCCGCCAACGCGGAGUACCGCGUCAUCGGCGCGCUGUUCGGCGUCGGCAAGUCCACCGUGUGCUGCUGCGUGCGGGACCUGUGCCACGCCCUCGCCGCGCUGCUGAAGCCCGCCUACCUGCGCGCCCCCGGUGGCGGGGAGCUGCGGGACUCCGCCCAGGCGUUCCUGUCCCGUGCGGGGUUCCCCCACUGCGCGAGCGUGGUGGCAACGCUGCACACCGCCAUCCUCACGCCGUCCGCCAACACCGCAGACUACUGCAACCCUGAGGGAUGGAUGUCCGUUCUGACCCAGGUGUCCGUCAAUGGCCGGGGACAGUUCUGGGACGUCUGUGGGAGCUUCCCAGGUGGGACGGACCCGGCCGAGAUCCUGCAGUGCUCCAGGCUAUGGUCCUCCGCCUCGGAGGGCGGGCUGUCCCCGGACCCCCCUCCCCCCUUCAUGGGACGUCCGCUGAGGUACGUCCUCCUGGGAGACGGCAGCCACCCUCUCCAGCCCUGGCUCCUCACGGCCUACCCCGAGGGCCCCGCCGCCCUCCCCGGACCCCAGCGCCUCUUCAACCGGCGGGUUGCGGAGGCCCGUGGCGUGGCGGCGUCGGCCCUGCUGCGGCUCCGGGCCCGCUGGCAGUGCCUGGCCAGGAGGAACGACUGCCGGCUGGACCUGCUGCCCACCAUGGUGCUGGCCUGCUGUAUCCUACACAACGUGUGCGAGGCCCGCGGCGACGCAUUCCGCCCCGAGUGGCAGGAGGAGGCCGUCCGCGUCGAGCCCAGCCAGCCCGCCAUCCCCCGGGGGGGCGAGGGGCCAGAGCGGGGGGACGCGGAGGAGGUGCGGAGACUCUUCUGUGACUAUUUCCAACAGCAGGAGUGACUCCUCAACGUCGUACCUUUCUAAGCACUCGCUGGGCUUUACGUCCCGCUACGGCGACGGGAGCUGUUGGAUGUGGGAGGUCUUCGUCCCAAAGCUGUGUUUGAAUUAUGGAGAAUCUUCCAUGUAAAUGGAGUAGGGCUUUUAUUCGAUAUUUCAUAUUUUAACAUGAAACAUUUCAAUGAAAAUGUUGUGAAUGAAAUGUCGGUGGUCUUAUUCUGUUAUGUAAAUCCUCUUUGUAUGUAUUUGUCUUUCAUUCCUUUCACGCGUCAUGCAACUUUUCAAAGCAGUGCUACUCGAAGGUUAUGGAUGGACUGGGUAAUUGCAAUUUUUUUUAAUCUCUUUUAUAAAGCCUCACUAUGCACACAGUGCAUAGUGAGGUGUGCUCGGUUUGGUUCCCAAAAGUGUAGACUGCCUAUAGAAUGUACAAGCUGGUUGCUAUGUUAAAGACCCAGGCGUUAGCACAGCCCUUCUGUGAAAGGGUUAAGAUUACGUUGAACUUGGGCUACAGAGUUUACUGAUUCCUUUUUAAUUACAAUGGUUCAACCCUUUCAGGUGUCUUUCUGGUGCUAUUUCUUCCAGUAAAUUGAUGUCCUUUCAAAUACUUAUAUGAAAGGAAACAAAUGUAUUGUCUAUAAUAUCUAUAUACAAAUAUAUUGUUAUAAGUAUACGUACUAGUAACUGAGGUUUAUUUUGGCUUGGUGUCACAUGGUGCCUCAAAUGAUUGACCCGAUAGUUUCAAGAUUUCAAUACCUUAUCAGAUACUAGGCAGGUUUAUGGUAUAACUGAAAGAUAAAACUGAGAUAAUUGUCUUUGGUGCAAAUGACAAAAGACCAAAAGUCAGUGCCUACCUUGAUUCUCUCUCUCUUCAAACUAAAAACCAGGUUAGAAAUCUUGGUGUAAUUCUAGACUGAUCUAAAUUUCAACAGCCACAUAAACUCAAUAACCAAAUCAGCCUACUAUCACCUUAAAAAUAUAGCAAGAAUUAGAGGCUUCAUGUCUAAACAAGACCUUGAAAAGCUCAUCCAUGCAUUUAUUUCAAGUAGGCUUGAUUAUUGUAAUGGUCUUUUGACAGGCCUUUCAAAAGGAGCUGUUCGUAAAUUGCAACUUGUACAAAACGCUGCUGCUAGAGUCCUAACAAAAACAAAAAAAUGUGAACAUAUCACACCUAUUCUCAGAUCUCUACACUGGUUACCAGUCUGUCAGAGGAUUGAAUUCAAAGUACUCCUAAUAGUCUAUAAAUCGCUAAAUGGUCUCGGGCCAAAAUACAUGUCAGACCUCCUUUCACCUUACACUCCAGCUAGACCCCUAAGGUCAGCUGGGACCAGUCUAUUAAUCACUCCAAGAGUGAAAACUAAACACGGUGAAGCAGCUUUUAGUUAUUCUGCCUCGUGCAAGUGGAAUAAACUCCCUGAUGAACUAAAACAAGCCGAAACUCUAAAUACCUUCAAAACCAGGCUUAAAACCUUCAUGUUCUCCAGUGCCUUCGACUAAACACUAGCACUUUCUUUCACUCUUCUAUUUUCGACUACAACACUAGCACUUUGAUUCACUCCUUUAUUUCGAGCUAUAUUCUUAUUUAUUUUAAUCUUUUAUCUUUAUAUACCCUCUAUUUUUAUAACUAUCUUUUAUGCUAAUUUGUAUUCUCUGAUCUAUUCUCCCUGUUUUGUAUUUCUUAUGCUCUAUGUAAAGCACUUUGAAUUGCCAUUGUUGUAUGAAAUGUGCUAUACAAAUAAAAUUGCCUUGCCUAUGUCAACAGUUAACUGUUAUGACUCAACCGUUAUAACUGUUGAUACACUUGAGUGAGCACAUGCAAUUAUACUCCAUGGCCAAGAGAUGUCACUGGCUAUACAAUAUCUGGAAAUAGACCUAAAAUAGACAGUAGUACGACAUAAUUUCAUGGAUGCUUCUUUCACGUCGUUAUGUGUGCGUUAGUGUUGUUAAUUGAUAAUAAUAUAUAAUG